UGUAUCGAAAUAUAUGCUCGUGUUAUCGACCAUCUCAAUUGCAAAUUUGGACAAAAACACGCAAAAUGACGACGGAAAAGGGCGAUCAACUGAGGCAACAACUAAUAGCGGCGGUGGUGAAGAAGCGAGCGGCGAUUGCGCGGGCUCAUCAAAUCGUGGUGCGUCUUUUGGAGCCCGGAAUACCAGAGCCCGAGUUCCUGUCCAUGCUAUGGGAGAUUGGCCCCCCAAAUUAUUCAGACAUCGUAGAAGAGCGAGAAAUAAACAAAUUGUGUGGAUAUCCGCCGUGUUCCAGCGUUCUAGAAAAUAUUCCCAAGCAAAAAUACACCAUCAGUGCUUCCAAAAACAAGGUUUACGACCUGACCGAGCGCAAGAAAUUCUGUUCUGGAUAUUGUUUUAAGGCCUCCGAGUACAUUAAAUCCCAGGUGCCCACAUCGCCAUUGUGGCUGCGAGAUCGGGAAACGAGACCCAGCUUUCAGCUACUGCCUCGAGGUACAUGACCACCGGUAUACAUAGCUCUCAAAGCGUUUAUUUAUUUCGUAUAAUAAGCAUUAAGACCAUUUGUUCAUUA